GUAAUUUUGAAGAUGGAAAAAUCGAUCAGAUCAGCUAUUACCGAUAAAUUCGAUGUAACCGCGUAUCGAUUGCCAGUAUUCGAUAGGAGGCAACGUGAGUUUGUUGAAACUCUUGGCUCAAUUUCUAGCCGUGAUUUCCAUCAUGAACUGAAUAUGAUUGUUUCAGCUAUUGUUGAAGACCUCAUCAGGUGGACGGUGCAAAUGCGGUUCGUAACUGAAAGUAUAGCAGAUUCCCGAUUGGUUCUUCGAUUAAUUCCAGAUAAAAUUUUCCGAGAAGUGUUCAGGAAACUGAAAUUUCAAUUUCCAAAUCUAGUAGAUCGUUGUGAUGUGAUACUUAAGGAAAAAAAAUUUUUGGAUCUUAUGAUGGGAAAACUGAGAUCCAAAAAAAGCAGUUAUAGGCAAUUGAAAAAGCGAAUGAUAGCGAGGAGUGAAAUCUAGUUGUUAAUUUUUUUUAUUUCCUCUUUUUUGUAUUAUUUCUGAUUUAUUUCUGAUUUAUUUCAUUUCUUUUCUUUCAUUUG